AUGAGUGAAGAAUAGGAAUAUCGAAACAAUCUGUAAUAUGCCAAAAAUGAGAUAUUUAAGAUUCUUUUACUCAAAAAUAAUACAUGGCUCAGUAUAAGAGAAAUUGAAGACAUUCUUAAACAAAGACCAGACUAUGGAUCUAUUCAUGUUAAAAUUAGAGAUGCUAUUGAAGAUUCAAUUAAUAAUGAUAAAAAUAAAGAUGAAUACAAAAUUAUUAGUAAUAAAUAAUCAAUAAUGAAUACAAAUAAUGCUGCAGGUAAAUAUAGACUAAAAACAGAGAACAUUGAAAACAAAGAAUAAUUAGAUGAAUAUUUUAAAGAUAAAAAAUGCAUAUUAUAUGUAGAUCAUGUUUGGUUUGAAUCAGUAAAUAAUCUUCGUAUUAAAUUAAUAGUGUUAUCCUUAAAUGAAAUAAGACAUUAUUACAUUAGAAGCUGAAGCAAAAUUAAUUAUUACUAAAGGAAGAGAUGAGAGAAAAACAUAUGUUUAUACAAAUACAAGUUUUACAAAUUUUUAAGAUAAAUUAUAAUUUAAAAAAGAUUAAAAAAUUAUCUCAAUGAUUGAAGAAGUUAAGAAAAUUAAUAUAGAAACAAAUGCUUAAUUUUAACAUUAACGUUUGAGCUUAAUAUAAAGUUAAGAAGCUAUUAAAAAAAACACAGCUGUUCAAAAUUAUUGGAUUACAGAAUUACAAUAGGAUUUAUAGAGAAAAUGA